GCCAGAAGGUGUGCUAUGGUGCCUUCAAGCAUUCCUGUUACAAACUAGCCUAUUUCCAGGACUUGUCUAGACGUGUGGGCUUCCAGGAGGCCCGCCAGGCCUGUGAAAUCGAUGGCGGGGCUCUGCUGAGCUUGGAGAGUGAAGCUGAGCAGCAGCUGAUAGAAAACAUGCUGCAGAACCUUACCAAAUCGGGCUCUGGGAUUUCUGAUGGUGAUUUCUGGAUUGGGCUGUGGAGGAGCGGUGAUGGACUGGCCACGUCGAGUGCCUGCCCCGACCUCUACCAGUGGGCCGAUGGAAGUAUGUCACCAUUCAGAAACUGGUACACAGAUGAGCCUUCCUGUGGAAGCGAAGCCUGUGUGGUGAUGUAUCACCAGCCAACUGCAAACCCUGGUCUGGGGGGGCCAUACCUUUAUCAGUGGAACGAUGACAGAUGCAACAUGAAGCACAAUUUUAUCUGCAAAUAUGCCCCAGAUAAUGUCUUAGAAAAAGAAUUAGGAGACAGAGCAGAGCCAGAAUACGAUAUUUUUCCAACAGUGCCAGCAGGAAAUCCUUAUGACACAAGCAAACCAGAAGAUCAGUAUCAUAUUAUUGCUACUGAAACAGGUAUAAUUCCGAAUUUAAUUUAUGUUGUAAUACCCACUAUACCACUGCUGCUGUUGAUACUGGUGGCUUUUGGGACUUGCUGUUUCCAGAUGCUUCAUAAAAGGGAAGCAAGGAGAAACUGCUUCAAAGACCCAUCUCCAUUAUCAUCUGAAUGCCUUGCAGAAAGUUUAAAUUCCAACCUGUAAAGGAAGAACAAAAACCAGUCCAAACCAAUCCACACUAUGGAUUUCAAAGACACCCAGGAAGGACAGUAGCAUGGAGGUAUAAUGAUUUACUGACUGAAAAUGAGGCAAAAAUAACAUUUUGCAGUGAGGCUGUAUUAUAAUGUCGUCAAAGAACAUUAGCUUGGAAUGGCUUGAAAAUGCAAAGGAUCUACAAGAAUGAACUGUAAGCUCCCCCUUGAGGCAAAUGUUCAGAUCAUUUUUAUAUGAUGUUUGUUUAUUAAUUCAGUAACAAAAUAUGCCAUGCUAAAUAAAGGGUAUGUGUUUAUUUUGCUAAGAGAUGUAAGUUAGCUAGUUGUGAGCAAUGAAAUGAACAGAGCAUUUGAAGUUUUUAUGGGGAAAUAUCCACAGUGUAUGUCAGUUUUAAGACUGUUUGUAGUUAAACAAACCUCCUCUGGUUCUUUUAGUCUCUCAUGCAUUGUAUUGUAUAGUCAAUGUACAGUAAAUGGAACUGACAAUUUUACAGUGUAACAAUUAUUUAUCUUUGCAUAAAAGUUUGAUACAAAAUAU